UCCUCAGGUGAGGCCGCCCGGCCUAGCAGGCCCCACCGCUGCCGCCGCCGCCGCUGCCACCGCCGCCUCUGCUCCCAGGCCGCCCGCUGCGCUGCAGGGCCACCAUGCCGCUGCCCAGGCCUGGAGACUGACCCUAAGCCGCACCAUCUCGAGGCUCUUCCCCCACCUGCUGGACCCCAGGGUCCCACCCCGGCCCAGGAGGUCAGCCGGGGAAUCAUUAACAAGAGGCUGGGACAUGGCCCAGAAGGAGGGUGGCCGGACUGUGCCAGGCUGCUCCGGACCCAAGGUGGCAGCUGUCACUGUGGGGACCCUGCUGCUCGUGACUGGCAUCGGAGCGGCGUCCUGGGCCAUCGUGACCGUUCUACUCAGGAGUGACCAGGAGCCACUGUACCCGGUGCAGGCCAGCCCUGUGGACGCCCGGCUCACCGUGUUUGACCAGACGGAGGGGACCUGGCGGCUGCUGUGCUCCUCGCGUUCCAACGCCAGGGUGGCGGGGCUCGGCUGCGAGGAGAUGGGCUUCCUCAGGGCGCUGGCCCACUCCGAGCUGGACGUGCGGACGGCGGGCGCCAACGGCACGUCGGGCUUCUUCUGCGUGGACGAGGGCAGGCUGCCGCAGGCCCGGAGGCUGCUGGAUGUCCUCUCUGUCUGUGACUGUCCCAGGGGCCGUUUUCUGGCCACCGUCUGCCAAGACUGUGGCCGCAGGAAGCUGCCCGUGGACCGCAUCGUGGGCGGCCGGGACACCAGCCUGGGCAGGUGGCCCUGGCAAGUCAGUCUGCGCUACGAUGGCGCGCACCUCUGUGGUGGGUCCCUGCUCUCCGGGGACUGGGUGUUGACGGCUGCCCACUGCUUCCCAGAGAGGAACCGCGUCCUGUCUCGAUGGCGAGUGUUCGCGGGUGCGGUGGCCCAGGCCUCGCCCCAGGGCCUGCAGCUGGGGGUGCAGGCUGUGGUCUACCACGGGGGCUAUCUGCCUUUCCGAGACCCCAACAGUGAGGAGAACAGCAAUGACAUCGCCCUGGUCCAUCUCUCCAGUCCCCUGCCCCUCACAGAAUACAUCCAGCCCGUGUGUCUCCCAGCCGCUGACCAGGCCCUGGUGGACGGCAAGAUCUGCACCGUGACCGGCUGGGGCAACACGCAGUACUACGGCCAGCAGGCGGGGGUACUCCAGGAGGCCCGCGUCCCCAUAAUCAGCAAUGAAGUCUGCAACGGCCCCGACUUCUACGGGAACCAGAUCAAGCCCAAGAUGUUCUGUGCUGGCUACCCCGAGGGUGGCAUUGACGCCUGCCAGGGUGACAGCGGUGGUCCCUUCGUGUGCGAGGACAGCAUCUCUCGGACGCCACGUUGGCGGCUCUGUGGCAUCGUGAGCUGGGGCACUGGCUGCGCCCUGGCCCAGAAGCCGGGCGUCUACACCAAAGUCAGCGACUUCCGGGAGUGGAUCUUCCAGGCCAUAAAGACUCACUCCGAGGCCAGCGGCAUGGUGACCCAGCUCUGACCACGGCGGCUCCUGGCCGCACAGCUGUCCAGGGCCCAAGGUCGGGUGGCUUCUGCCCCACGUGGCAGGGUCCUGCUGAGCCCAGGAUGGAACGCUUUUCCUCUGGGACCCAGUCCACAGGCCCGAGGACACCUCCUCCACGGUCCUGCCUUCACCGUGGGGGCCACUCUGCCUGGGUCCACCGAGCCUCACCCUCCCGCCCGUGUAAAUAUUGUCCUGCCCUCUGGGGACUCCUGUCUGGAUGCCCCUGACGACAGGAUGCUGUUUAAAUAAUAAAGAUGGUUUUGAUUAA